AUGGAUUCUCCACCGAAAGCCCCGUCGGAUGCACAACAAAACCAUCGCGGUGAACUUGUCAUUCACCUGCCACAAGACGCGAAGGACAUCUCCAUGGAUAUUCGGAUGUCCCGUCCCGUGUUGCGCGACGCUUUCAACAAUGAUCUGUCGUCGGCUGACCGCACGCCCAUCCAGCACAUCAGGACCAUUGUCAUUCCGGACAACGUCACUCGGAUCACACUCGUAUUCGAUACGGCUAUCACUAAGAAGUUGCGUGCUGAGAAAUGCGGACAUCUCGAUGCGCACUUCGUCGAUGUGCCAACCGACUCCGUGUUCUUCCCCGGCAAGAGCUACGUUGAGUUGUCCACUAUUGGUCUCUCGAAGAAGGAUCUAAAGAUUGGCGACAACGUGCUCAUCUUGAUGAAGGGCACGACGUCAAAGAUGGUGUGGCGUGAGGCAAGGGUUCGAUCAAAGGGCGUUCGUGGUCCCAACCUCGAAUUCGCAAAAUGGGCCGAGAAUGGACAAAAAAUGCCGCUGGUUGCCGACCGUUAUUGGAUCACGGUGCUCACGGGAGACAAACUACACGAUGUCGAAUUGUUCGGCAGGCACUUUGAUGCUGUCUACGCGUACACUGGGCGCCACUUGUCGGCAAGCAUCUACGACACGUUACCUGCUGGAUGCGUGCUCGAUAUCGCGGACAUGAUGGGCGCUAUGAAUGUACGAGACGCGAACCAUGCAAAGGGCUACGUGAUCACCAACAUCUCGACCAAUGAAGGCAUCUCUCCU